AUGCGCCUCCUCAACGUACAUUCCCUCCAAUUGGAGAAGUACGAUGACAUCGAAGAGACACCGGAGUAUGCGAUCCUCUCUCACCGGUGGUCGAAAAACGAGAUGAGAUUCGGCCAUUUUCAUGUCGUCGACUGGGAUUCCAUACGCAAGUCGGCCUUAGACGCAAGCCAUGUAGACGACGUUGGCCUCGCCAAGAUCCUCUCUGCCUGCGCUGUGACGAAGACCUUCAACCUCGACUAUCUUUGGAUCGACACGUGUUGCAUCGAUGGCAGCAGUAGCACUGAAGUCACGCAAGCCAUCAACUCAAUGUUUCGCUGGUAUCAGCGAGCAUCGGUCUGCCUUGCAUAUCUCUUCGAUGUCUCCACAGAUACUUCGGAGUAUGGACAGUGCAUCGACAAAAGUCUCUACAUCCGCAAGAAGAGUCAACUCCUGCGUAUAGGGCCAAUUGAGAAAAGUCAAUGGUUCAAGCGAGGCUGGACGCUCCAGGAGCUACUAGCUCCGCGGGAGCUCGUCUUCUUCGACCACGCCUGGAGACGCAUUGGAGUAAAGACUGAAAUGACCAAGCAAAUCGAGGCCGCAACGCGCAUUGAUCCCAAGUACCUGACCGGCAAUUUCGAGGACGCCAGCAUCGCCACCAAACUCAGCUGGGUUGCGGAUCGCACAACCACCCUUCCAGACGACAUGGCUUAUUGCAUGGUUGGUAUACUCGGCGUCAGCAUGGACACUCGUUACGGCGAAGAAGAGCGAGCAUUCAUGAGGCUGCAAGAACUGCUCAUCGAGAAAGUCGCCGAUGACUCCAUCUUUGCUUGGACGGAUCCGAACCUGCCGCCAAGUCAAGGACAUGGCCUUCUUGCACCUUCACCAGCCUGUUUCCCAAGCGACAGUUGCUAUUGUUGGACUGUUGGGAAGAUAGCACAGGCCCAGACUACACCGUCACAAUUCUCCUCGGAAAGGACAAGAAUGGAACUUGGAGGAGAUAUUCUUGCAAUAAAUUAUUGCUGA